GUUAAGAGUUGACGUGUCGUUACUUUCGUGCGGUCUGCUUUGCUUGCGUGUCGUGUGGGAACCGGUGUUUGUGCGCGUAUGGCGGUGUUAGCUAAAAUUUCGUAAGAUAUAAUAAAGUCUGUUAGAAAAUCAAAAGAUAAUUAAAAAUGCUGCCCUCCAAGGCGGCCGCACCGUACGCGAAGAAAGUCCUGUUCCCCGACAAACAGCCGACCUCGCGGCAAGUGAAAAGUUCAACCCUAACUAAUGCCGCAGGUCUCAGUUCGUUAAUUACAUUCACCGUUUUACUUCUCGCGUGGAUAUCGGGUUUCGCUUCACGAUUAUUCGCUGUUAUUCGUUUCGAGAGUAUUAUCCAUGAAUUCGAUCCAUGGUUCAACUAUCGAGCGACCGCGUAUAUGGUACAGCAUGGGUUCUACAAUUUUCUGAACUGGUUCGACGAACGAGCAUGGUACCCUCUGGGUCGUAUCGUUGGUGGGACGGUGUACCCUGGAUUGAUGAUAACUUCUGGUUCUAUACAUUACAUUCUUCAUUCUCUUAACAUUCCCGUUCACAUCAGAGACAUAUGUGUAUUCUUGGCACCGGUGUUUAGCGGUUUAACUGCAAUUUCCACUUAUUUCUUAACCAAAGAAUUGUGGAGUGCGGGAGCAGGUUUAUUUGCCGCUUGCUUCAUAGCAAUUGUACCCGGAUACAUAUCCAGGUCUGUAGCCGGAAGUUACGACAAUGAGGGAAUUGCAAUUUUUGCACUACAAUUCACCUACUACCUCUGGGUCAAGUCCGUCAAGACUGGCUCAAUAUUCUGGGCUGCCCUUACCGCCCUCUCCUAUUUCUACAUGGUAUCCGCUUGGGGAGGAUAUGUUUUCAUAAUAAAUUUGAUCCCAUUACACGUGUUCGCACUUUUGGUAAUGAAUCGGUAUAGCAAUCGAUUAUUUACGAGCUAUACGACAUUCUACAUCCUGGGAUUACUGCUGAGUAUGCAAAUUCCUUUUGUCGGUUUUCAACCGAUAAGGACGUCGGAACAUAUGGCUGCCGGUGGGGUAUUUGGAUUGUUAAUCUUCAUAGCAGUUUUCAGGUACCUGCGGACAAUGCUCACCAAAUCUGAGAUGAAGUAUUUUGGCGGUGUUGUAACCAUCACCGCGGCAGGACUCCUGUUAAUUCUAAUUGGUCUGACGUAUUCAGGACUCGUCGCUCCAUGGAGCGGGCGAUUUUACUCUCUUUGGGAUACAGGAUACGCAAAAAUUCAUAUUCCCAUCAUAGCUUCUGUUUCUGAACACCAGCCUACCACUUGGUUCAGUUUCUUUUUUGAUCUACAUAUUCUCGUCACCACCUUCCCAGUUGGCUUGUGGUACUGCAUCAAACAUAUUAACGACGAACGUGUCUUUGUGGUACUUUAUGCUCUGAGUGCGGUAUAUUUCGCCGGAGUGAUGGUACGAUUGAUGUUGACUCUGACUCCUGUCGUCUGCAUGUUAGCUGGAGUUGCGUUCAGUGGUUUAUUAGAAUUAUUCUUGAAAGAAGAAGAUAAGGAGGGAGGUGAGCGAGACGGCGGGGAUGGAAGUGAGGAGGAAAGCGAAGAAGAAACGGAACGAAGCCCGGGACGAGCAUUGUACGAUAAAGCAGGAAAACUGCGUCGCAUGAAACACGAGCGACCCAAGGGGUCAGGGGACGGUCUGGGAGCGAAUCUCCGCAACGGUGUCGUCAUUGGAAUUUCUAUGCUCCUCAUGAUGUUCACCGUACAUUGUACAUGGGUUACGAGCAAUGCUUAUUCUAGUCCUUCCAUAGUCUUAGCCUCCCAUAGCAACGACGGCGGUCGUUCCAUACUUGAUGAUUUUCGAGAAGCUUACUAUUGGCUUGCCCAAAACACACCAAAUGAUGCACGAGUGAUGAGUUGGUGGGACUAUGGCUACCAGAUAGCUGGCAUGGCGAAUAGGACAACAUUGGUGGACAAUAAUACGUGGAAUAAUUCGCAUAUCGCUUUAGUUGGCAAAGCCAUGAGUUCGAACGAGAGUGCUGCUUACGAUAUAAUGACAUCAUUAGACGUGGAUUACGUGCUAGUAAUUUUUGGUGGAAUGAUCGGUUACUCUGGCGACGACAUAAACAAAUUCUUAUGGAUGGUUCGGAUAGCGGAGGGUGAACAUCCGCAGGACAUCAGAGAGAGCGACUACUUCACGGAGAGAGGAGAGUUCAGGGUGGACUCCGAGGGCUCUCCCACUCUCCUCAAUUCUCUGAUGUACAAGCUGAGUUAUUACCGUUUUGGAGAAGUGAAAAUAGAUUACCGCUCACCGGCAGGCUUUGAUAGAACUCGCAACGCUGAAAUUGGUAAUAAAAACUUUCAACUUACGUACUUAGACGAAGCAUACACCACAGAACAUUGGCUCGUUAGAAUCUACAGGGUGAAGAAACCGGAGGAAUUCAACCGGCCAAGAAUUCCAAUUUCGCAGCGCACCAUCAAUCGGAGGACGAGCUCAUUCAUCAGCAAAAAGUUGAAAUUAUGGGGGGUUGGAAAUUGAUGUUACAGACAGCGCGUCGCAAGAAAGGUGUCAUCAAGGGUCGGCCGACUGUGGUGAAGGGGCAGAAGCUCCAGAGAAGGACUACCACGUAACGUAAAUGCCAUUCUCAUUCAUUCCCAAACGAUCCUCAAUAAUAAAUUUUUUAAUAAAAAAAAAAAAA